CAUAGUCUGUCCAGUAGCAUGCAUUAGUCCACGUGAACAGGCUUCUGUAAGUAAUACAGGGCCUCCUCCAACCCCUCAAUACUGCACAACUGACAGCACCAGCCUGUCUGGGGCUCUUUCUGCGCUCAACGCCCUCCCGAGCUCCACGUUUCCACCAGAAGACAUGAAGAAAGUUACACUGUUUCCUGCUUGGCGGGGGGCUGGAGAGGGUCAUGGUUGGGGCUGGGCUCAGUGCGUGAGGUGGGAGGCCGGGGAGCGGGGCCCGUCCCGGGGUCUGGAGUGUCCGCUGUGGUGCGUCCUGUGUCGAGGAGGCAAGGAGAGACUCAAGCAGGCCUGUCAGAGAGGGAGGGGAGCGCUGCGUCUGCCCACAGACAUGCUGAGCCUCAGACUUCCGCAGCUCUUCGACAUCCACCAGGUGCCAAAGGUGUUUCGAGAGGACGGCAUCAUGUCCGGGUACCGUCAUCCCAGGAGCUCAGCCCUGGACUGCAUUCUCAGCAGUUUUCAAAUGACCAACGAGACGGUCAAUAUCUGGACCCACUUCCUGCCGACCUGGUACUUCCUGUGGCGGUUCAGCUUGCUGUGCUCCGCUCUGGACUUCCUGACGGACAGCUACACCUGGCCGCUGCUCGUCUACAUGCUUCUGAUCUGCCUGUACCCCUUCACCUCCAGCUGCGCUCACACCUUCAGCACCAUGUCGGCCGAGGCUCGUCACAUCUGCUACUUCUUCGACUACGGCGCGCUCAGCCUCUACAGCCUCGGCUGCGCCAUCACAUACGGCUUUUACGCGAUGCCUGACUGCUGGGUAAACAGUUGGCUUCAUCGGCAUUUCGUGACCAUCGGUGUCGGAAACUCGCUCUUUUGUACCAGCGUGUCCUGCUACUCCAGGUUCGUAGAGCUGCAGUUCCCACAGAAAAGUAAAAUCUUGCGAACGGCGGCGUUUGUGGUCCCCUUCCUGUUCGAUAGCCUCCCGCUGUUCUACCGCCUGCUGUCGUGCUGCUGGGGGAGCUGUAGUCCCAGCGAAGCUCUGGCCAGCCACUCUUACCAUCUGCUCUUUGCCUUCCUCACAUGCUUCCUGUUUGCGUCUCACCUCCCCGAGAGACUGGCUCCCGGACGCUUCGACUACAUCGGUCACAGUCACCAGCUCUUUCACGUAUGCGCGGUGGUGGGCACCCAUUUCCAGAUGGAGGCAGUGUUGACAGACAUGGCGUCCCGCAGAGAUUGGCUGACGUCGCAGUGCUCUCUACCUUCGUUUCCGGAGACCAUGGGGGUACUCGUACUGGGCGUCCUGCUCAACCUGGGCAUCAUCGGCGUCUUUAGCUCCGGUUUACCUCGCCAAAGCACUUCGGCCCACCUUCAUCAGGAGUAACGAGCUUUCUCGACCACUCCGCACCUCACUGCGCACCUUUCUGGACAAUUUUACUCAUACAGUCACUUUCACUGAUAUGUGAGGCUCGAUACUUUUUGUACUAAGAAGCUAAACGUUCAUGCUAUACGAGAUUCUAGUUUGUUUUAUACUCACGUUUUAUUAUCCCAGCCGAAAAACCCUACUGAUAAUCGCGACCUUUCGGGAGUUAUGUGAUUUUUAUUUUUUAGCCAUCGAUAUAAAAGGUCGAGGGGUUGAAUGACGCUAAUAUUGGUUUUUACAGGUUAUAUUCUAACAUAGCUUUGGGAUUUUUUAUAAACAUGAUGUUUGUGUUACUACAUAUUAAUGUUGUGUAACAUUAACUGGAAAUGAUUACGUAGCAUUAAUCAGGGAUUUUGUAUUUGCAUUAAUAUCACUACGAGUAACAUCAUUAAUAUGAUUAAUCCAAUUUUAUUACGUGUUGCAUAUCGAAAUAUACAUAAAUUAUGGCAGGUAUCUUUUAAAUUCGCCGCCCCUUUAAAUAUUGGCAUUUGCGAUGUCCCUUUUUAUUACGAUUUGGAUUUAAUGGAACACCUUUGAAUAAUCUCACAGGUAACUAAUCAAUGAAGGGUUGUUUUUAGAAAAACAUUUCCGUUUUUUACUUUAGCUCGUCUAAAACAUCAUUCUCCUACUAAAUGCAUCUCAUGGGAAUAUGGGGCUGCACUGGAGUCCUUCUCUUUCGUUCUGAGUUGUGUGUCCUUCUCAGCGUCAGGUCACAUAUAUGUGGUAUUGUUUUGUUCAUUGCAGGUUUAUGGCAUACAAUACGCUCUGUUUAUGUUGCUACACAAAGUUUUUAUAUUUAAUUGCAUUUUAUCAGCGCACUCGUGGAUCCAGUGCCAACUCGAAAUUCCGUUUUUGUUCACAUAAUUAGUUACAUUCUGUUCUUAAACCAGAAAUCGAAGCUAAUCUUUGCAUAAGGUUAAGCAUUUAACCUCUUGUCUCUCGUUUUGUCCUUUUUUUUUUGUUUUCGUCUCACCUAGCGUUGCAGGACAGGUACGUCGGCUUGUAAUUCAGUGCAAUUAAUGCUGCGUAAAGGCAGUAGCUUCACGGAAGCUCCAAAGGUCGGUCACUUGGCGGUAAUGAUAUUUUAAUUGGUGUAUAUGAAAGGGAUCUCGGGUUAAAAAGGAUAAGUAGGUGCUUCAGUGGUUAGCGGCGGAAAGAUUCUGCAUUUCUCCAAAUGCCUGUUUGUAGCACGACGGCGGAAACCCUCGCUCGCCGUUCGGUGCGAGUAGGUGUGCGUUCUUCUGCUCUAAGAGGUUUAGAUGUGAAUGUGACUGGUCACAAUAGUAUUUUGUGCACUAGAUUGGAAUGAAACGUAAAAGGUUUUGUAUUCCCAAUCCCCGCGUGUUCGUUGGCCCAAAUGAAUGUAUUGCAGUUUUAAAAACUGUGUUUUAAAGCACCGUUUAAUGUUACAAAGUAGCAUUUAAAAUUACCAAGGAAAUUAAAAUUGUUUUUGUUUUUAAUUGUUCCAGAUUUUUUUUUUUUUUUUGUACUUAUAAUGCUUCCCUUUAAAACUGAGAAGUGAAAUAUGCAAUCAUUAUUGCAAUGACUUUUAUUCGCCAUUGUCAAUUUUUACAUAUUUUUGUAACGAACGUGAAAAAUGUGCCUAGAAUUAAACUGACUCAUUGUUCACUACA